AUGGCAUCAGCAGCGGGAGGAUCCAAGUUCUCGGCCUUUAUGAACCACCCCGCUGGUCCAAAGACUGUCUUCUUCUGGGCCCCGCUGAUGAAGUGGUGCCUCGUCGCAGCAGGACUCAAGGACCUCUCGAGACCCGCCGAUAAACUCUCCGUCUCCCAAAACGCCGCCCUCGCCGCUACCGGUUUCAUCUGGGUCCGGUACUCGCUCGUCAUUACGCCCAUCAACUACUCGCUCGCCGCCGUCAACUUCUUUGUCGGCAUGAGCGGCACCGCACAGCUCUACCGCAUCUGGGACUACCGACGCAAGCACCCCGUCCAGGCCACGAUCGCGGACAAGGCGGCCGAAGCCAAGAACGAGGUCCUCCCGGCGACAACAAAGUAG